AUGAGUAAGAGGAAGGGCGGUAGGAAAUUGAUACAUAAUAAGACCGAGAUUAGGACGCCCGAGUGGUAUGUGAGGAGGAUUAUUUCGAACGAGAUCACUGCCAAGGAGCUGGAGACGUUGACGGUGUCACUGCGAACUGAGCAGAUCGGAUGGGUUCAGGAGUUUCUCGCGGCAAAGGGCCAGGCGGCUCUGGCUCAGGUGUUGUACAGUAUCAACCAGAAUACGGGCUCGUUUAGUGAGGAUGUACUGGAUAGAGAGUUUGAUUUGAUCAAAUGUUUGAAAGCGCUUGUGAACUUCGCGGAUGGUGCGAAUGAAGCGCUCAGAUCGACCCGGUUCUGUAAUACUUUGGCUCAUAGUUUGAUUUCGCCACGACUCAGUACUAGAAAACUCGUCACGGAUGUGCUGAUAUUUUUUAACAGCUAUGAAGGUUCUACGGGCCAUGAUACGGUUAUUUCGGCGCUGGAUCAGAUGAAGGGUCAUCGUGGCGAUGUUGGACGGUUCGAGACGUGGUUGAAGGUGGUAGAGAAAACUAUAGACGGAAGAGGCAAAAUGGGCUCGUUGGUAGGAGCAAGCGAGGAGUUUCGCAGCGGAGGAAUGGGUAUUGAGAGCCAGAUCAUGGAUUAUGGACUCUCGACUAUAAUGCUUGUAUACGGACUGGCCACUGGAGCCAGUGAUUUAAGAGUACGAAUUCAUAUCCGGUCACAAUUAAAGGCUUCUGGGUUACCGAGAAUCGCCAGAAAACUACAGGAACUGCACGAUGAGAAUAUUGACGAGUUCAUUCGCAAGUACGACGAGCAGUCUGCUCUGGAUUAUGAGGAUUUAUUGAGCAUUGAGAGGGAAGAGGAUGUUAAGGAUAUGGAGGAUCCAGUAGAGAUAUCGAAAGAAAUCUGGUCUCGAGUCAAGGGAACAAACGCCGAGGCGUACUUUCUCAGCGCAAUGCAGCAUUUCAUGCUUGUGCGAGAAAGCCCUACUGACGAAGGAGCCAGAAUGUUUCAAUUGGUGGAUGGAUUGCUGUCACAUGUGGUUAUGGAUAGGAUCUCUCCUGAUGUGGAUUUGAGAAACAUGCUGAAUUUUUCGGUCCAGCAUAUCCUCGGUCGAAUGCAGACAGAUGAUCAAGCCAGAAGAGCAUAUCUUGAAGCAAAAGAGGCUAUGAAAGAAGCUGAAGAGGCUAAAGCUGAGAGAGACAGAAUACAACAACUGGCUAAUUUAGGUGCUGAUGGACUUGUAGGAAGGUUGCAACAGCAGCUGGAUGAACAAGCUGAAAUGUUGAAGUUGCAACGACGGAUUAAUGAAGGGUUACAACAGGAUCUGGAUGAUUUGAAAAAGAGUCAUGUUGUAGAUUUACAGAACCAAGAGCUGGAAAUUCGCGAGUUGUACCUGAUGUUAAAGGAACAGAGUAGAAACCAGACUGAUCAGAAUGUAACUGACAGUCCUGGUGUAGCAGCUAAUGGCGGUCAGACUAAUGGACAAGGACAACAUGGUCAUGGUAUUCUUGAUCGCGACCAGUUGGCACGAAAGUUGGAAGCACAACUUGCUCGUAAAAAGACUGAAUAUAAAUUAGAAGGAAAGGCUUGGGAAAUUGAACCCAGUCCAAGACUUCGUGAACUACGUGAUCGUAUGGAAGCGUUGCAGGUGACUGCCAGAGAGUUGGAGUUUGAUUUCCAAGAAGACCCUAGCGUGAAUGAUAAGAAUUUUGCCCAAUUUACACAAAAUAUUGGUGGCUCGACCCUAGCAGAUUUACAUGAACAACGAAGACUUCGUAUGAAACAAUUGGAAGAUUUACAAUUGCGAUCCAACGAUGUUCUGAAGUAUGUUGGCGAUUCACCCAGUAGCAAACACGAGAGCAGUGAUAUUGAUCCGUCUCCACAUAGCUUUGAUUUUACACCUGUUACUGAAAAAGCUCGACUUGUGGUUGUUGGAAAACCCAACGGAGAAGAGAUUCGACCUGUGGCGCCUACUGGUUUCUUAUCUGACUUGUCUUCAAAGGUGUCUGUACGAAAGGCACAUGACGAAGACGAUGAUAACGAUGCCAGAAUCAAGAGUAUCAGCACUGAUACAGCUGAAGUCAAACCUGAUCGCAUUGAUAGUAUCAAGUCUGAUGGCUCUGAACACGCUUCAGCUGCUACUUUGGUUUCUGAGGGUUCUGUAAUUGGUUCUACAGCUGCUCUUACUGAGUCGGCGAUGAAUGAUGAUAGCAGUAUUGGCAAGAAUACGUCUGAUUUGGGAUUUGUAGGUGGUCCACCUCCUCCACCUCCACCACCCCCUCCACCAGCAGGAGUGGAAUCUACUUCUCAACCUGCUGGUUUCACAGGAGGUCCACCACCACCGCCCCCACCUCCUCCGCCACCUCCUCCAAACGGAUCUGGCGGGUUUACUGGAGGACCACCUCCCCCUCCACCUCCACCUCCACCUGGUUUCAAUGGCGGACCACCACCUCCUCCACCCCCUCCACCUCCUGGAUUCAAUGGAGCAGCACCUCCCCCACCUCCUCCCCCACCUCCUGGCUUCAGUGGAUCUCCAGUACCUCCACCUCCACCUCCUCCACCUGGUUUUAUUGGAACACCACCACCUCCGCCUCCACCAGGACCUGGCACUCCAUUUGGAUUCUCUAAUACAGCAUCUCCUACACCACCUCCUCUGCCAUCUGGUAGCGCUACACCCACACCAGACUCAUCAACCCCAGUUCUGCCUCAAACUCCACAAUUCAACGUACCCAUUCGUCCUAAAAGACGUCUUAAACAAAUGCAUUGGGAAAAGAUUGAUAAAGUGGAUCACACCGUUUGGGCCAGCACCAAUGAAAGCACCAUUUCUGAUGCUCUGUAUAAAAACGGUAUUUUCGACGAGGUAGAAAAGAUAUUUGCUGCCAAGGAGAUCAAGAAAGUCAUGGGUAGAAAGAAAGAAAAGGAAGAAAAGAUUUCAUACUUGGCAAGAGACUUGUCUCAACAGUUUGGUAUCAAUCUGCAUAUGUUUUCAACUCUGUCCGUGGAAGAAUUGGUCCAUAAAAUUCUGGUAUGUGAUCCGGAAGUGGUACAAAAUACGAAUGUUCUAGAGUUCUUAUCCAAACCUGAACUUGUUGAAGUGACAAUAACCCUUGCCAAGAACUUCCAACCGUACAGUACCGAUUGGACAAGAUCAGACGAUGAAGGCGGUCAUAAAGAACCAGAAAAGGAUCCUAAUGAUUUAGAGCGCAAUGAUCAGAUUUACUUGGCCCUAUGUUAUAACCUUCAGCAUUAUUGGAAAUCUAGAAUCCGAGCACUUCUUGUUGUCUCUACCUACGAAAAAGAGUACAAUGAUCUGGUUGUUAAGCUGAGACUGAUUGAUUCAGCAAGUGAUGCUGUUCGUAAGUCUAACCGACUAAAAGAUUUACUGGAAAUCAUUUUGGCAGUUGGUAAUUACAUGAAUGACCAUAGCAAACAAGCCAGUGGUUUCAAACUGGGGACUUUACAGAGAUUAGCAUUUACCAAAGACGACAAGAAUUCCAUGACAUUUUUGCAUUAUGUGGAAAAGAUUGUUCGUACCUCGUUUCCAGACUUGGAAGGUUUUGUUGAUGAACUUAAAGAUGCCACUGCUUUAGCCAAGCUGUCGAUUGAACAAGUGAAAUCCGAUUGUCGAGAGUUUAUGCAAAUGAUUAAAAACGUCCAGACAUCGAUUGAUAUUGGUAAUCUAAGCGAUCCUACCAAGUUCCAUCCUCAAGAUAAGAUUUUGAGCACGGUCCUUGCUGUUUUGCCAGAAGCAAGAAAGAAACGAGAGUUUUUAGGAGACCAGUUGAAGACAACAAUGUCUGAAUUUGACAAGCUCAUGAGAUAUUUCGGUGAAGAUCCUAAUGAUACCGGUGCAGUGGGAUCAUUUUUUGGCAAAUUCGCAUCGUUUGUCAAUGAAUACCAAAAGGCUAAACAGGAGAACAUUGUUCGUGAGCAAGAAGACAGAGCUUAUGAAGCCAGAAAGAAACUUCAAGAAGCGCCCAAGAAAGCUGCUCAACUGGAAGCAGGCAGUUUGGGCCAUGGCUCGUCUCCUACAUCAGCCAACUCUGUUAUGGAUUCAUUGUUGGAAAAGUUGAAAGCUGCCGGACCCACUGGCAAUGGUCGUACUGCUCGGAGAAGAGCAUAUGCACGUAAAAACCAGAGUGCUCGUGGCUUAUUAGUAGCUCAAAGAGAAGAUGAUGACGGUUCAUCCAAUGGACCAGAAGAUUCGUCUCAUAACGGACAUGAAUCAUCAUCCUUAGCUGGCAAUGAACAUGGUUCUCCUGAAAACAAACCACAAACAUCUGUAUCCAGUGAAACAUCAUCAUCCCCUUCACGAGGUUUGGAAGAUAUUGAUGAACAAGUUCCAACUACACCUACUAGAUCAUCUGCACGACCACUUCCAACAAUUGUGGAUGAUGAAGUGGAACUAGAACGGUCUGAUACGACACAAUCGGAGUCUGCUAUUCCUUCUUCAACAAGCACAGACCGUGAAAGUAACAGUGGCACUGAUGAUGUCGACGAUGUUGGUGGUAGAGCUCGAAAACUACUACUUGAACUUCGAAGUGGCAACACUGAAUAUGGUGCAAGAAGCUCUGGAAGCCUUGGUUCCAGUUCUGCUUCUAGCAGACUGGCAGAACGAAGAGCAAGAAAAGCCCAACAUUUACACAAUCGUACAGAUCACACCUUCCGAUCUAUUUCGUCAAUCACAAGCACUGGCAGUUCGAGUCCGCAGCCAUCACCCGUUGAAGCAGCAUCUGGCGAAAACUCACAUUCUGAAGACAAAGUUACAUCACCCGGCGAGAAACCUGAGUCUGAUAUCAAUGGUGAGAAUAAUAAUGACAGCAGUACUGAUGUUCAUGAUGGCACUGCUGGAAAUACCGGUGACAACGAUGCUGUCCACGAUAAAAUCGAUCCUGAGGAACGCGAAUCGGAAGCAGCAGCUGCUACUGAGUCUGCAGACACUACACUCAACCUCCCAGAAGACCACACCAGCGGCUCGUUGGAUAUCGAGGUCAUCGAGGAACGCAAAAUACCCCCAGACGAGUCCACACCAGUCAUCGACAUCGACUCGGAAUGA